AUGAGAUAUUUGAAGGUGGACGAGUACGUCGAGCGGAUAGCCUCUCCCGAAGGAACCGGUCUUCUCCUGGAGGAGCUGGGGAAUUAUAUGACGAGUGGGUCCAGGCUUCAUGGGCAUGUAAUAUGCGACAGAGUUAUCAGGGCCUGCAACCACCAAUUAGGAGUUGAACCCCUUGAUUUUGAACAUAUAAGUCAGUUGGUUAAGCUCGUAGAGCUUGCCCUGCAUGGCUACAACAUCUCCGGGGAGUAUGCUAAUAAAACCAGUCCUCUGUACAUGGAGAAGAUCAUCUUCCACAUCGUCAAGAAAUUAAAAUCUCUGCGAGUUCCUAGUAUCUGUCAUCGCUUAGGAUGUUUGCUUUACAGCAGGCUUACACCACCACAACAGAUCAAGGACUACUGUGUUAUUGUGCAAAACUGCUUUGCACUAUUCUGGAAUGGACUAUCUGCUGCCAAAGGAGCAACCCCUAACCCCAAGGACAAGCUUCAAGGCCGGAUGCUUGCUCUACGUUUCCUCUUGUUGGACAGGGAUAGUACCAUGUAUCCCUGCUCCAAAGUCCCCACGUACACAGAAGAUGCCUUGAUUGAGUUUGAGAAGGGCUGCCGAACAUUGACCCAGGAGGAUGCUUCCUUUCUCCUCCAGGAAGCCAGUGCUCUCCUCCGCUCCUGUUGGAGUGAUGGACAAUUUGGCCAAGGAAGCAGGCAGUCUUGUUUAUUUACGCUUUUUGAGGUGGUGCUGAUUACAGUUAAGCUGCUUUGCAAAGCCCAGUACUGGGAUCUGACUUUCAGUUUGAUGGACGACAUGGAGAGCAAUCUCAAACGUGGUGGUGACUGUCACAGUGCAGCUCUGGUGUUGGGCAGGUUGGCAGUAAAAAUCCACCGUUCCAUGUGCAUGGGAGAGAAGACUGGUCAGGUUUUUAGAGAGUGCGACAGGGCCCUGAGGUCUCUUCCGACUGACCCGGAGGAGCGUCUAGCCCAUGUAGUCCUGGAGGGGUGCAGUUUAAUGAUGUGGGCUGUGGAAGAUGGACGGAAGAAGGGGUCAAGUGACAUUGUGCUCCCGGCUUGGUUUUCUUUUGUAGAGCACCAAGAGCAAAUCGUAAAAAGGUUGAAGAAGAAUUUGGCGUCGCAAACUGAGGUCAGUAGACUCCAACAGUCCCUGUGCUUCAAGAUGUACCAGCGCUUUGUGUUCACUUAUGAGAGCAUGCUGGCCUCACAGCUGGAGGAUGGAGAAACACUGGAUAGAGUGCUGUUGUACUGCCAGGCCACUGCUGGACUGAUGAUGACUGAAUUACACAAGUUGUCCAGCGAUAAUAUUUUUGUCAAAGCAGUGACUGCUGUGAACAACUUGGCGUGUUGGUUGUACAACCGGAAACUUUAUGACCAAGCCUUCACACUAACUGAGAUCGUCUGUCGGGAGCUAUGCAAGAACUGCCCUACUUCUGUCUCUAUGGAUAGGUUCAACCAUCCCUUCAUGCUGGCAGUGCAGAGUUCUCGCCGGGGUGGGCAAAUGGAGCGAGCUCUUGACUGGGUCAUCCUGUGGCUGAAGGCUUUGGGAGAGAAGAUUACAUCUCACAUGGCUGAACCUGUCUCUUUGUGGGUGAAAACGAAGGCUGAUGCAGCCCUCGUUGGUGAAAAGGACAUCCGGCUCAGGACAUUGCGAGAUGGAUUUGGUCCUGAUGUUCCUGACAAGAGAAUAAUGCUUUGCCUUUUGGAGGAAGAACUGUAUGCCUACAAGGAGGUUGCAGGGGACACCACCCAGGAGCGUUAUAGCACCCUCUGCCAGCUGCUGGAUAUCUGCCAUGAGGAGAGCACCCACACACACCUGCGAGCUGUCUACCUGUGUGAAAUGGCCCAAGUCGUGUGUUUCCAGGAUUUCAGCAAACAGACUGAUUGCAUGGCAGUUGACUUCACCCGUCAAGCGUUGCAGCUACUGGAAGAGGAGCCAGAGACUGCAGAGAAUGCUGAGCGGUUGAAAGAUGACAAGGCCUACUCUUUACUUUGGCUCUACGUCUGCAAUUUGGAGAAAAACAUCCAAGAGGCCAUUGAGAAGGAGAAGGGACAGCAGGACGUGAGUGAGCAGAUGAGGUGUGUGUUCAGUUCUAUAGGGACCAAUGAUCUGGACUAUGAAGACAAGCAAAAGCAGCAGGACAGCACCUCUGUGUACGAGGGCCUGAAUUUCAAUCUGGCCUCUGAGACAGAGUUUUGCCAGCCUCUUGAAAGGGCCCUGGAGUUGUGGUCUUCGCUUUUGCAGUGCCAAGUCGUUCCAUCUGUCAGGAACCCCAAACGGACCUGCAGUUCUAUUGUCCUCACUGCUGCCCUCUUCAGACUCAUGGGAAAACCUUUGAAGGUGUUGGAAGCUUACCAGCUGGCUUUUGACCUCUCCCGCCAGCUUGGUGAUCACCAAGGAUGUGCCAGCUCCCUCUGUCAAUCCGCAAGGCUCCUUCUGGAUCUGGGUGCCCCAGAACUGGCUCAGGCUCAGCUGGCACAAGCAGAACAGUUUCUUACCUCCAACACCAACCCAACCUCAAUCCUGGCAGUGUUGCUGAGAGCUCAGUACUGCUACUGCACAGGACAGGUGGAGCGUGGGGUGUCUUACCUGUGUGAGGGGCUUAAAAAAGUCAACGAGCAGAGACGGUACCUGAGCUGCUACCUGCUGCGUGUCCUGGCUCUUCAGACCUAUAGUUCCUACCUGAGUCUGGACACAACCGAACUGCCACGGAGUCUCCGCCACACUAUCCUCCAGCAUGGCAUGAGUAGUCCAGAUACUGCCCUGUAUGAGAGCCUGAGGCUUCUGAGAAGCCUGGUGGUCACCUUCGUGGGGAGUGGCCUGUAUGGAACUGUGAGCAGUAAUUCGGACACGUGCGUCAUCGACCAAGGCGAUAACUUGGUGCUGAAGUGGCAGCUGCUGUCAGAGGUGCUCAGCUGUUCCCUGAAGCUGGUGGCUGUAAGGAGCAGUACAGGGGCUGUCCAGAAUGCCAGGUUGCAGUGCCUGGAAGCUCUUAACCUAGCCAUUAAACUGCAAGCACUCAGCCGAUGUGCCGAGUUGCUGGUGGUGAAGGCCGAGCUGGAACUGAUGAAGGGGGAGACGGAAAAAAGUAGAUUUGAUUUGGAUUAUGUCAGGAAUCUUCUAGAAGUUUGCACAGAUUUUUCUAGUCAGGAGCAGAAGGCAGGGGUGAAAAUUAAACCAAGGAAAGGUCGUCCAACACAGAAACCACAGUCUCCCCUUCCUAGCCCAGAGGAUGACUGUGAAGGCUUAUUGAGCACUAGGUGGUUUUUUAAGGAACCUGUAGAGAGGGAUCCAACCAGCUCCCCUCCUCUCAAAGCCAAGCCUCGUCCCUGGCUGUCCUCCCUGGCCCAUGAAACUGACUGCAAGUGCCCCUGUUGCUCUGAGCCCAAUAUGGGCCUCACCACUGCCCGGUGGGCUGCUACACAAGCUGAUCUGGCACUGCAGCUGUGUCCCACCGAAACCAGAGUUGGCUGGAAACUUUACCAGGCUGCACUAAAUCACUGUAAAGGGGUCACAGCCAAACUGGAAGUAAAACUGGCUAAUCUCUUCCCUCUCUGUGGCCCUGCAAAUGUUUCCACCAAGUGUUCCCUGAUGCAGGAUGUGGUUGGCCGUGUGUACCUGCACAUGGCUCUGUCUGGGCUGAAAACAAGGCUUGACAAAGUCCAGGGUAUAUGGAAUGUCCUGGAGGCUGGCUUGGCUUUUGUGGAUUCCAUGCCCUCUCCAGAGCUGAAGCCCUUAAGAGCAGGCCUAAUGGCAACCAAAGCCAUUGCCUUGUUGCUUGCCCUCACUGCCCAAAGGAACUGCACCAUAGAGGAACUCUUUUCCAACGCGUGGAUCUGGAACCCACCAAAAAGGGUCAAAGAGCAGGAGUCAAAACCCAAAACGGUCCCUCCCCCAACCUCAUUAAAGAAGAUCAAAGACCCAGUCAUCACUGUCAAAGACCUGUCCCAUCCUCACAAGGCAAAAGAAGCUAAGAAGGUUAAGACUGUGGUUCCCAAGAUCAACCUGCCAAGCUCAUCCUUCAAAACAAAGAGCCUGGUCCCUAUGACACCAGUGAUGGUAAAACCAAACAAAACCAAGUUUUCUGAUCGGGAACUUGGCUGUUUUGACUUUGACACAGAAGUGCCCACUGUGGCCUGUACUCCAGUUCAGAGGGCCAGAGGCCCUCCAGGAGUGCGGACAUUGGCAGAAACUAGUGGCCGCAGAGGGCAGUUCCAGGUUUACCAGGACCUGUCUCCAGAUCAGGACAAAGCCCAACCUGUUCCUGCCGCUCCCAAACGCACAAAGAAAUCACUUUUCAAGGUGGAGUUUAGUGAUGAGAGUGACUCCGAGACUUGCCCCCAAGCAGAGCUCAAAGAAAAACCAGACAGCUCCAAAAAACAUACUGCUGCCACGAGGAGUACUCGCAACCUCAAAACUGCCCCAGAGGCAACCGUAGGGAGGGCCCCUCCUAAGAGGCGCGUCAGGGGCAGGAAAAGCACUGCUGUCUCUCAGCCUAUAUCCUCUGAGGAUGAGGGUCCCGCUCCAGUAAGGAGAGGUAAAUCCAGGGCACAGCUGGCUGGAACAAAGCCAGUUUCAGAAGAGGAUGUGGAGAAAAUGAGGACCAUCACAGAGGAGAUGGAUGGAAUUAUGGACCUAAGCAUUGAGCGGCUGAGGACAUUGGAUGCUGACAAUGAGGACAACGCUACCUUAAGUAAGAAUUUUGGCGCUACUCGGGUUUUGAGGUGCUGCGGAAGGAUCUGUGUGGUGGUCAUCCAGGAGAAAUUCUACAAGCCCACCUUGCUCAUUCAGACACCAGGCCAGGUGAGCUCUAAAAACUGGGACAUGUUACUGCACAGCCUUUCUGUGGAAGCUGUUCAGUCUCUGCUGCACUCUGCCUGGUUGGCAAUUCAGCACUUCCCACCUCCCAACCUCUAUUCCACCCUCUGUGCUCUUCUGGCCUUAGCCUCAGGUCAACAGGACCCCAUAACCACUGCGAUGCUUCAUACCCAAUCCAUGGGUGUCACCAGCCGCCAUCACGUGAUCAGACAUCUUGCCACCCACCUUAAGAAGCUGAGGAAGACUUCCAGUGAGUUGUCAGAGAGAAUGGGUUCCUUGAGCUUAGAUGAGCUCGCAGCCGAGUCUGGGAACCGUCUUGAAAAGAGACUAUCACAGUUGGAGACCAUCUUCGCCUUUCCUUCUGCUGAUCCCUCCACCUUCCCUAAGCAGCACCACCAAGAGUUCAUGCAACAAAUUAAGGACCUUCCCUCAGGGGUGACUGUAUGUGUGCUGUCUGUGCUUGGAGUUAAACCUGGUGAGAUGGGAGACACCAUCCUACUGUCCCGCCUUGAGAAGGGAUCUGCCCCUGUCACUGUUCACAUCCCCACCUCCCAACAGCAGCACCCCAUUAGCUGGCUGGUUCAGGAGAUGGACAGUAUCCUGACUGAACAGAAGGUUGUGAGCUCUGUCUCUGAGAAGGCCAAGUGGUGGGAAGGCCGCAGGGCACUUGACACUCGUGUUGAGCAACUGCUGGAGGAAAUGGAGGGUUUGCUGGGUUGCUGGCGGAGCUUUCUUCUCCCACUGACAUCAGACCCAGAGCUUUCCAUCCAGGCCAAAAACGUGCACAAGGCCUUAUCUACCCGGGGUAUGAUGGCUGCCGAGGAGAUGUUGAAGGCCGUGCUGUCUGCAUCUCCUUUACUCUCCCAAGAAGAACUUCAGAGGUUUUCUCUGGGCAUUUUUCCAGAAAGGGAGGGGGUGUGUGAUACUCUGCUACAGACGGCUGUGUCUCGGCUGUCCAACAGGGAGGAACCUCAGGGUCAUGUGGUUCUCAUCCUGGACAAGUAUCUUCAGAAGCUGCCAUGGGAGAGCAUCUCUUGCUUAAAGCCCUGUUCUGUUAGUCGCAUGCCCUCUCUUCAGUCAUUAUUGGGUCAUUGCGUUCGAAAAGAGUCUGAUCCUCAAUGCAUCCUGAAGAAAGGUGUGGAUACCAAGCAGGUGUACUAUGUACUUAACCCCGACGGUAAUUUAGGAGACACAGAACAGCAAUUCAAAGAAUGGUUUAGCAGUAAGCCGGAAUGGCAAGGUGUGUGUGGCAUCGCCCCUGAUUCUGAUCAACUGCAAGAUGCCGUGGCAGCCAAAGAUCUCUACAUUUAUGUGGGUCACGGUGCCGGGGCACGGUUCCUGAAUGUGCAGAAGCUCCUGAAGCAGGAGAUGAGAGCUGCCUCGCUGCUCUUCGGCUGCAGUAGUGCCGCCCUGGCAGUGCGUGGGGAUCUGGAGGGGGAAGGAAUCAUCCUCAACUACCUCAUGGCAGGCUGCCCCUUGGUUUUAGGAAAUCUGUGGGAUGUGACGGACCGAGACAUGGACCGCUUCACUAAAGCCUUGCUUAAAUCCUGGCUCUCCGCUGGACCCGGAUCUCCCCUUCUGAACCAUAUCGGUCCAUCCCGUCAUGCCACACACCUCAAACACCUCAUAGGGGCCGCACCUGUGGUCUAUGGUUUACCAAUCCACUUGCAGUAAGAUUUGAUUUGAGUAUGUACGUUCCUGUUGUCUGAAAAUCGAACUUUGUCACACAUUUUUAACUGCUACCGCUACAGUCUGUACGCUAUACACACAUAUUGCAUACGAAACAAUGUUGCUGCUCCUGCUUUCCGUGACAAUGUAAGACUCUAAGCAAAAUACCAUUUAUAGUUUUUCAGAUAUUAAAUUUUACACUUGA